AUGACCGACGUUCAAAACUACAUUGUGGUCGAUGGUGUCCUGAAGGACUUUGUCGAGGACCUUGCUUCCCUCUUCGAUACUCUUAGCCCCGUUGCCGAGGGUGAACAGACUUUUGCUCAAUAUAUUUCUGAGCGCAUCGACAAUGAAGACCAGGCUGUUCAGGAGGAGAUCUUUGCCGCCAUUGCCCAAAAGAGCUCUGUUCUUGUUUCCGCCUCUGAAAAGGACUUUGAAUCAGCUUAUAACCUCGUUUUCCACAUCCUCACCUUCUCCGCAAAUAUCAAGGAGCUUCUCCCCAUCAUCCUCGCAAACCUCUCCACAAGCCCUGCAUACCCCAAUGGCCCCACCCUUGUGCUCGCCGUUCUCACCAAUCUUUUCAACAUUCUCCCUGUCUCCUCGCCCCUGCGAUACGACGUUUUCCUCAGCAUUCUCAAGUCUGCAGACGCUAGCGAUAACAUCAGCCUCAUUGUCCCUCAACUUAAGAACCUCCCCGUCUGGCUUAAGGAAUGGGAUGUUGAUGAGAAGGCCACCCAACAAAUCUACCUCACCAUUAGCGAAAUUAUCUCCAAGCAAGAGCCCCAGACCGCCUACAAGUACCUCUACACAGCUGUUUCAUCCAGCCCAGCCCCAGAUGCCUCUCUCGUCCAAAAACUCGUUGCCACCGCUCUUCAGUUUUCCUAUGAAUUUGAUGACGUUUUUGCACUCGAAUCAGUCCAGCAACUCGCAAAGGAAAACUCUCCCAUUUACAACCUUCUUCUCACUGUUUCCUCCGGUGAUUACGCCGCCUACAAGACUCUUAUCGCUGCUCAAGCUAACCUCUUAACCUCGGCCCAAAUCGACGCCGAAAACCUCAACCGCCGUGUCCGGAUACUCUCCCUCGCUAAGAUCGCUUCCCAGGCUAACCAGCCUUCCAUUCCUUACAGUGUAAUUGCUUCCGGCAUUGAAAUUCCUUUGGAGGAGGUUGAGAUCUGGAUCAUUGAUGCUAUUCGUGCUGGUCUCAUUGAGGGCCGUCUUUCUCAGCUUAAGCAGAGUCUGUCUAUCCACCGUGUGUCCCCCGUUGGCCAAUUUGGUGUUGAUGAAUGGCAGACUGUUUCCCAGAAGCUCACCAACUGGAGAUCAUCUCUUAAGGAUAUUCUCGAUGUCCUGAAGAAUUCUAGAGAAAAUGCACAGAAGGAGGAGGAAAAGCUGGCCAAGAUCCGUGCUCAGCACCAACAACAGCAGCAGCAGCAGCAACAACAACAACAACAACUUGCUCAGGCUGCUUAA